ACAAAGAGCUGGAAUGAUCUAAUUGGACUUUAGUGUUACAAAAUAUUUAACAUACAGUUUUGUCUCUUUUGUUGUUGUGAAAUAUUCAAACCCAACACUCCAUGCUCUUUAAUUGCCGUGCAAUUACAUUAGAUGGAAAUAUUCUACAUGUGCAUCAUUUUACAACCUUUCACCCCAAAUUCAGCUCGACAUAUUUGGUGUCUUUGGAAAUGCUGGGACCUCCAUGAGAAUUUACAACAAAUUUCUGUGGGUUUGAGUCAAGUCUGGUUGGACACAGUAUGAGUUUGUCUCAACUGACCCACCAGAGGGCUGCUGCUUAUUAUGUAGGAACACAGUGAAGUUUCCACAAUCCCUGUUGUGACCCACAUCUCCCACUUUCUUCUGCCCCACAUACUGCACUGAAUGAUGGCAAUAACUGACCCAACCAAUAUUUCAGCUGACUGAACCUCAGCCUCCACAGAAGCAGAUGAGAGCCUCAUCAGGGGGGGUGGCGCUGGACCACAUCUGGACCACAUUUUGUCCCCAUAAGUGCAGCUGUUGUUGCUGUUGAUAAUAUAAUUGUAAUUGAGACAUUUCUAUGAAAAUAUGAAUAAUAUUCUAACAUUAUUCCUUGAUUUGCUGUGAAGGCUGACUGCACCGUCUCUCUCUCUGGAUUUCACUUUGAAAAUCAAAUCCGGAAAUGUGGUCUUUCUAACCCCAGUGAGCUUGACGCUGUCCAGACGCACUCUUUCUGAAACGCAAAGUGCGUUGCUGUCUGUGUUGAGGCAGAGCAAGUACCUUCAGAGGAGCAAAAGGCAGACAGCGGUACAGGGAGAUGUUUCUGUCUGUGUUUCUGGCUCUGAAUGAACCUGCUCCUCCACCUGCACCGGCAUGUCAACUGCGCAACCAGUUUUGGGUGUGACAAACAUCUUGCGCGCGUGUGUGUCAGAUUUGGGCAUUUUUCCAGCCUGAGUGGACGCGCGGAUGACUUGACUUUAUUGUAUCAUCAUCACUCCAGCUGCUGAUGUGUUUUGGACGUUUUCUUAGUGUUUUCUCUUUGCUGACCAGAUGUUCUGGACACACACGCGCAGGGCUGCGGAUGUCCAGUGAUUAUUAUUAUUAUUAUUACUAUUAUUAUUUGCUGAUGUAGUGUUGGUCAGGGGCUGAAGUUGAAGUCUGCUCUUGAAGGUGUGAGCUCCAAAUGCAUUCGCUCCUGGGCCGGGAGAAGAAAGAAGAAGAAGCCGGGUUUGGGAUCGAUCUGGGUCUGUCUCCGGGCUUUCUGCCCCAAGCUGCCACGAUGUUCAGCUGUGUGGGCUGCUUCUGGGUGCUCCUCUCCUCCGCUCUGGUCGCCGUCUGCAGCUUCAGUUUCAUAUCUCCUGCCUGGAUUGUUAAAGACCAGCUGAGGAACAACCACCAGCACCAGCAUCACAACAACAACAAGGACUCCGUGAGCUUCGGCUUGCUGUGGCACUGCUCGGAGUCUCUGGAUCACAUGUACCGAUGCUACACCUUCGGGGGACUGGGUAAAUUUGCAGAGAUCCCCUCCAGCUCCUGGCAGACCAGUGCGGUGCUGUGUUCAGGAGGUUGCGCUCUGCUGGCUGUCAGCUCCCUCUUAGCCAUCAUCACCAUCUUCCUGCCCAGUGGAGGAUGUGAGAGGAGGAUCUGCACCCUGGCUGGAUACAUGCAGAUGGCUUCAGUGUUCAUCAUGGCUGCUGGACUGCUGGUCUACCCCUUUGGCCUGAACUCCCCACUGGUCAGGUCCUUCUGUGGAGACUCUGACAUCUACUACGCUGGCGAGUGCCAAAUCGGCUGGGGCUACAUGCUGGCUAUUGUUGGAGUUAUGCUCACUGUCUUCUUGCCCUUUUUCGCCAAAUAUGCACCGAAGGAGCAGCUAUCUCCCACCCCUUUGCCCACUCUGUUAUAGUGCAUUGAAAUGAUGUCUUUGUUUUUUCCCUCCUGACCACUCUCUCUAAUCUGGGCUUGAUGUCAUGGAGAGAUACCUGCAUCCCGUUUUUUUUAAAGGUGAUGCUGUUUGGGAAGCCUCACUCAGUGAAAACUGAAGCUGACACUUAACAACAAACACUGUCUUCCUGCAUCUUUUAUGUAAUUAAUUCAAAUUCAGUUCAUUUAAAAGAAAUGUUUCAUGUAAGAAUAAUACUGUAUGGUUAUAUUUUUAACCCUCAAAUCUAUCAUCAUGCCAUCAUGAGUUUUCCAUGUUUGAGUUAUCUGUUUUCUUCAUGUCAGUUCUGGAGAUGCAGUCAGAAGAUGAAAGGACAUUUCACACGAUUCAAGAAAAUUAGCGCAAACAUAACAAGUGCUUGCUAAAAAUUAAAGUGUUUUCUUUCCUUCUUUUCUUUUGUGGGUAACAAGUUAACAUAUGUAACAUUCCAAAACAGACUGGAAGUUGUCAGCAUUAAGAGAGAGGAAGGAAGCAUGAGGUUAUGUGGCAGUAUGACUCGACCAGUCAAAUAAUAUGUUUCAUUAAGAGAUUGUGAAGAACAUUAGACACAAGGGGAGAGCCACUUGGCGUGGUCGAAGACUGAGGAUAUUAAUGGAUCUCGAUUAAUGGAGCUGUGAUGGAGUUGCAUCUUUUGACAAUGUAUUGUGCUGAGGCGUUUGGACUGUACAUAUGAUUUGGACUUAACAGAGCUGAGGUUUGAGGUUUCAAAAUAAUACAGAAAAGAGAACUCUGGUGCUUUGAAGGAUUUUUGCUGUUUAGACUUUUCUGCCUUUCAGUCUUGUGAGCAGGCAGUGAACCAGUGGGAGUCAAGAGGACGUUUUAGCUUUUAAAGACAGUGCUUUCAGUUACUGUCACAAAGAAAAGGACACUAGACACAGCAUCUGACCUGCCGAGAGGACAAAUGGAAAUUUUUCUCUUCUCCAAACAAGGACGUGAAUCAUAACAAUAAGUAGUGGUUUCAAAGCAGUGUUGUCAAAAAUUUAAUGUUGGGAUACUGCAUCCUUUUGUCAACCUUUUCCCCAGAAUUCCUUGUGUAAUGUAACUCGCUAAUUUCUGUCUACAACACACAAUACUAAACACUCAAUUCAGGACAAAAAUGAUUGCAAAAGGCAGGGAGAUGUAGGAAUUUAGUCAAAAAUGCAUGAUAAGAUGGACUUUGUUAAUGGUAGAACAAUUGAUGUAGAUUUUAAUGUGAUCUGACCAACUUGUGCCUUUUAACAUAACUAAGACAACUGUUUAAUACGAUUAUCAAGUUAUCAUCUUUUUCUGCUGAAAAAUGUGGAUCCUGUUGUAUGAAGUGUUUUUUUAAUUAUAUUUUGUCCUCUCAGUGGUAAAGUGUUUCUCCUGUACUUGAUGCAGUAUGAUCUCAUUAACUUGAGUAAAUGUUCUGGAAGAAAAAAAGAUGAUGUCUUGUAAUCCUUGGAGGCAAUGGCAGACAGAAGGGAAAAAAGGAAAGCAAUGUACUUGUGUUCAAUUAUGCCCUGAGACAUUUUUGGCAAUUAACUAGAAGAGGAAAAUCACUUGAAUUGCUAUAUCAAAAGGUUGUGACAUGCAGCUAACAGAUUAAUUCCUGGCAUCCUUGUCUUAUGUGAUUUUGAAUUUGAGUGGUAGAGGAGGGAGCUGUACAAAUUGAACUUUGCCUUUAGUUAUCUGUGCUGAGCUGACACAUUAUUCACAUCAUGUGUAAAAUGUGGCUGAAAAUAAUUAGCUCCUCAAAUAAGCUAAUGUGUUGGUGUGUGUUUUGUCACCCCACUUCUCCUUUUAAGCGCUGGCACCAUCCCUGCCAUGUUCCAAGGACAAAAUGUCUACUUCUCCACUUACUGUUCCCGUACACUGCCAAUUUCAUCAAGCUAGACUCCCUUUUCUAGUGGGUGUUUAUGUGCGUAUUAGUGUUUAAUGGGUUGGAUUCUGCUAAUGGGUUAAACUUUAAAUACUUCCCAAGUUUGGGCUCCCAUAAUGACAUAUCCUGACAUUAAAGGUAUACUAUGCAGGAUUUUCCUAAAAAACAAUGUAUAGACUCCCUCACAAUCAUCACUUAUGACGCACUA